AUGAAGUUCACGUCUGUGGCCGCCGCCUUCGCUCUCGUGAGCGCCGCCGUUGCUGCUCCGGCCAAGCAUCCGCACGAGCAUCCCAUUCCCACUCCGUCGGGAUGGCCUCUCACCCCGACGGGCUUGCCCACGCCGACCGGAGGAUUACCGGGACACAUGCACCCUCACCACGAGAAGGUCAACUUCCCUCCUGCGUCCAGCACCAUCCUCAUCCCGACGGGGGGCGUCCUCUCCCCGCCGGGGAGCGUCCCCGCGACUGACGCGUCUGUCGACGAGCUGCUCCGCCACAAGUCGCUUCGCUCGGUUGUCCGCCGCGGUCUGCAUCUGCUGCCAUCUGAGGAGGACGAAGCUCUGCAUGGCCACCACCGGCCUGUUCCGACCGGUCAUUUCCCUAUGACGGGGAGACUUCCUGUGCCGACCGGUCUGUGA